UAACCGCAUGCCUUCAGGCUGCCUCGCGGUUACGCCGAGCCGAGCGGGGCCGCUGAUUGGACGGGGAAGGGAGAGCCCGUACCUGCCAGGUGGAGGUGAAUGCUGCGUCACUAUUGGCUGAGAGGAGUUCAAUGGGAGGGGUGGGACUCCUCCUACUUCCCUGUCGGCUCAAAAGCUGUGGUGGAAGCAGCCGAGGAGUAAAAAGAGAAGGAAAUGUGCGAGCAGAGGAGUUGUGAACUAGACAAGCGUCAGGGUGUGAAACAGCUGAGAUAGUCACAGAGUUUGCGCCCCCGGAAAGCUGACAGGCAGCUUUGAUCGCUCCGAGAGCACAGCAAACAUGGCCUCCGUCGCUCCCUUCGGCCGCAGGCAGUGGGCGUCCCAAUCACUGAGGGUCACCGCCAAGGAGCUGUCCAUCGUCUCCGCCCGGGGUAAAAACAACGCCAUCGCCGAGCGCUUCUCCAAGUACCAGAUGGCAGCAGAGGAGGGCAACGCAGAGAAGAAGAAAACUGUUGCAGAACCUCUGCCCCCGACGCUGUGCGGCGGGAAUCUAAGUGCUUUAAAGAAGCGUUGGGAGCAACAACAACAACAGCAGCAGCAGCAGCAGCAGCCGCAGCCGUCCAGCCACAGAGCCCAAACUCAGGCCCCGCCCCGCAGCACCGAGACCCGGUCCGACACCCUGAAAACCACCGCGCUCUCGCAGGACCUGGACACCGAGCCCGAGGCCCAGUCUGAGAUCGGUGGAUCCGCCUCCAACCAGCUCUGGUCGGCUCAACCCGAGGACCCGGCAGACAUGGAGGCGAAGCCCGGCAGAGGGUCGGAGAGGCAGGAGGGAGCAGCCGCAGCUGAAGUGCCCGACUGCAAGAAGCCCAGCGUUCCCCUCAACAGCCUCAAGAUGAUGUUUGAGAAGGGGGAGAGCCCCGUCGACAAGGUGUCCAGAGAGCAGACAAGUAGAGCCAGCAGCGGUAAUCCUGCCAACAUGGACCAGCUACUAGGAGAUGGAAGUCUUGCGGAGUCCACUCCUCUCCGGGACAGGAUGGCGCUCUACCAAGCUGCCAUCUCCAAACAGGACGUUCCUCCCACCUCAGUCAGUAGCGAUCAGCUGGACAGUUUCUGUGGAAAGCAGAAGGAGAACGUCCCUCCGUGCACCCUGGACAUGAGUCCGGAGUCUGAACCAAACAGCAGGAAAAGUUUUACUGCAGAGAGCAACGGCCCCGGCCCCGGAGACCCAGCGGCCCCGAAUCAGAAGGACUCUUCUCAGCCCAAGACCCCCCGAAGCUUCCGGCCGCCGGUGAGGGAGACCUGCGUGUCGUGCCUGAAGACUGUUUAUCCUCUGGAGAGGCUGGUGGCCAACCAGCACAUUUACCACAGCUCCUGCUUCCGCUGCUCGCACUGCAACACCAAACUCAGUUUGGCAAACUACGCCUCCCUGCACAACAACGUCUACUGCAAGCCGCACUUCUGCCAGCUCUUCAAGGCCAAGGGCAACUACGACGAGGGCUUCGGCCACCGGCCCCACAAAGAGCUGUGGGAGAGCAAAGGUGAGGGUGGCGAGACCUCGCCACAGUGCAACGCUCAGACCAAGCCCCUGAUCCAGAGCCCAGCUCCGGCCCCAGACCUGGAAAGCCCCAGCGUGGAGGACUCCCCGCUGGCUAAAGUCAACGUGCUGACGGCCACCAUGGAGGCUCUGGGACAGGGAUCAUCAGAGAAGGCUGACAGGCCCACCGAGACCCGCCGGCUGAAAAUCUCCUGGCCGCCACGCACAGAGCCGGAGGAAAGCCGCGGUGGAGCCGCCGCAGACGGGGGCUCUGCCGCUAAGCCCAUCAGAGCCAAGUGGCCCCCCGAGGAGGACUCCGCCUCCCCACCCCCCGAACAGGCCAGGGAGACGUCCUGCCUGCGCCGGAGCUCCUCCCUGAAGGAGCGCAGCAUGCCCUUCAUGCUAGCGGGACAAACCGAAAACGCUCCUGCUCCUGAGGCCAGAAGAGAGAGUCCCCCUCCUCCCGUGGACGAGCGGCCGCUCAGCCCCGAACCCUCGAGAAUGGAGCUGCAGCACGGCGGCCGGUCGUCAGACAGCCAGACCCCCACUGAAGACAGCUGUGUGGACGUUCACAGCAGCUCAGGAGAGGAGGAGCAGGAGGGGGAGAUGAAGAGUGAGGACGUGACAGACAACCAUCUCAGCCAGGAGGAAGGCGACGCUCCGGGAGGACGGCCCGAGCAGGAGGAAGAGCAGGAGAUGGAGGAGGAGGAGGAGGAGGAUGGAGGCGUGUUGGAGGAGAUGCCAACAGAGCCCACGGCCAUCUCGUCUCCUGAGGGAGAGCUGGAGGCCAGCCAGUCUCAGGAUGUUGGAUUCUGGGACAGCGAGGAGGUGGAUGUCAAAGAGGAGCAGCAGGAGCUGCUGACGGUGGAGGAUAUGAUCAAACGAAACCGCUACUACGAGGACGAAGAGGAGGAAGAGGAUGUAUAAACUGAAUGAUCUGCUCUUGGCCAAACAGAUGACAGCCAUGGACUCUUACAGGUCUUCUUGCCAUUCCCUCUCUCUCUCUUUUUUUUUUUUUUUUAAGACCUUUUCCUCCUCUUCUCUUCUUAAGAGAGCUGCUGCAGUGUCUAGUGUGAACUCUACUGAGCUCUUAAUUCGUGCCUCUCUCAGCGGUUUUUGAAACAUUUAAAGCCAUUCCUUCUAGUUUUUACAAGACUGUCGGAGAUUGUGUCACUCCGACAUCGUUUGUUUUUAAGACUACAAUAUUUAAAAUUAUGCCCCAUGUAAUGAAUAUUUUUUUAGAACAGAAAUUUCCAAAGGUUGUGACACAUAGAAUAACUUUUAUUUCUGUGUACACGACUGUUGUAAUUUUCUAUUUUCAGUAAUCUGUUAUUAAUACCAACUAAAUGUUCUUAAAAUAUACCAAGAUGUGGAAAGAUCACGGCUAAUUACAGCUAAUGCAUCGCCUGUCACCAAAUAGCCUCUUAAUGGCGUUGCGUUUUAAAAGACACGCUGAAGGCCACUCAGCUUUAGAAAACAGAAAACUUCCUUCUGUUACCAUUUUUAUAAAUAAUGGGUCAUUUUUUUUUUUUUUUUUUUUGACACAAUUUCUGUAGACAAUAAACCUGUCACCUUUUCAGUUGCCAUGUACACAGGAAAAAAAAAAAACACUUAUGUUCUUUUGUUUCCAUUUUGACAACUUAUGCUGUACUGUUGUUUUUAAAAACCAGGGGACCACAUUUCCUAGAUUGCUACUGUUUAAAUAAAUUGUUAUAUGCUGAAAAUGUUGUGCGAGUUGCUAAUCCCGUGUCAAACGUGAAUGUUUUCAUGUACUGCUUAGCAUUAUGAAUGUGCUCUGCCUACACGCAGCGGUUCUGAGGCUGUUCUCUGUUGCGCCCAUGUCAUAUGGGAUGGACGGGGAAAGACUCCCACGUGGACGACUCGCGAGCAUUCACGUCAAGACGGUUUCAGGAUUAUGAGUCGUUCGCGUGGGGAUUAAAAUACCGUGGGCCGAUGAAAUAACAAAAUAUCAGUUAAAUU